GUUACCUCCCCUCCUUUGUCUCCGGGAAUCGCGACAGUAUUGUUAGAAGUUCGGCUUUGAGAUGUUGAAGAUUGAACCCCCUACUGUUUAACAAACCACGGUGUUCGGUCCACAUACAGCUACGUGAGGAAGUCUUCGAGGUAUGAUAGAGGCCAUGGAAACCAACGACGACCUCAACCUUCAAAUGUUGGUUGCUGCACAGCAAGACAAUCUGAAUCGUCUGAAUGAAAUAUUAGACAUGGGCAUCGACAUCAACUCUCAGGAUCUGAUGUUCUCAGAGACGGCCAUUGUUGCUGCUUGUCGCUAUGGUUGCAUAGACAUUGUUAAGUUUCUCGUCUCCAAAGGAGCAAAUGCUAACAUCCAAACCAAAAACGGUGGCACUGCCUUGCACGUUGCUGUGAUCAACUCGAAGAUACCAUGUUUGGAAUUCCUGCUAACCUGCCCCAAUGUUGAGAAAGAUGUUCCCGAUGAUCUAGGCAUGACCCCGAUCAUGUUGGCAGCUCAUCGAGGACGCCAUCAAGAAAUGGCGGUUCUAAUAAAAUAUGGUUGUCCACUAGAUACAACCAACAGCAAAGGAAAGGCUGCCAUUCAUUUUACCCAGCUGCCUUAUCAAGGACAUGUGGGCCAUCAUGAUGGCUUUCAGUGUCUCAAACAUCUCACCAAUGCUGGGGUGGACAUCAACACAACUGACCGCGAGGGGAUGACACCGUUACAUUAUGCGAUAAAGGGAGGUAACUUCUCCGCUGUAAAAUGGCUGGUGUCUGAAAACUGUGACCUUGACCGCAUUGCCAACCAGGGAACGUUACAAUCCUCAGUGAUGGAUUUGCCUCUUCCAGUGACACCACUAAGUUUAGCUGUGUAUUAUUUUAACUCGCGUGUUGUGAAACUUUUACUGGCUGUCGGUUUGGACAAGCAGAGAUAUUCAAAUAUUAUCUCCUACUCAGAAAGUCAUCCUGAAAUUCAGUCCUUAUUAUCAGAAAUGUUUCAAAUACCAGAAUCCCUGAAGAACAUUGCUAGGCGCACAAUUCGCAAAGCAAUUGGGAGACAAAUUAAAAACAAGGUUGACUUUCUUAUGUUACCAGAAAUGAUGAAGGAAUUCAUUCUUUGUCAUGGUGAAACCAAAUUUUGAGUUAUUUUGAGGAAUUAUUUUUGAUGAUGAAGACUAGUUCUCCAUUUAUAAUUGGGCAACGUGAAUGCAGUGAUCUAUGGAUUAAUUUCAUUCUUACUGGAGAAAAGGUCUUCAGCAACCCAUGCUUGCCGUGAAAGGCGACUAUGCUUGUCGUAAGAGGGACCAACAGGAUUGGGUGGUCAGGCUAUCUGACUAAGUUGAUGUAUGUCAUCAUAUCCCAGUUGCGUGGAUCAAUGUUCAUGUCAAUCACUGGAUUGUUUGGUCUAGACUUGAAUAUUGACACAGCGACAUAUAGCUGGAAUAUUGCAGAGUGAGGUUCAAUGCUGCUUUUAACUGUGUCCAUGUGUCAGUGAGAGAGUUUCAUGUUAUUUGUUUGUAUAUUGUUAACAGUCCAGUGACUGAUAUUAUGAGGAACAUGCCAUCAGGGUAAAAUGACAUACAAUCAAACAUCACCGAGUCUGACCACCUGAUUCAUAAAUGUGUCUCUUACAACCAGUAUGACCCAUUAAAAUCAUGGUUGAUGCAUGUCAUCGUAUCCCAAUCGCGUGGAUCGAUGCUCAUGAUAUCCAUUACUGGAUCGUCUGGUCCAGACUCGAUUAUUUACAGACCGCUGUCACACAGCUGGAAUAUUGCUGAGUGCGGCGUUAAACAACAAACAACCUGUAGAGGUUGCUCAGGACUUUCAAUCUGUAAUCCCCACAAGCCUGCCAGAUAGGAAGCAGUCCAUGUUGCCUUUAAUAAAUAAUUGUUGUAUCAAUACAUUCAAUUGAUAUGUGUAUCUUUUUCUACUUUUAACGUGUUCAAUAAUAUAAUGUUUCUAACUUUUGUGCAACGAGAUAAUUCAAUCUCUAGAACUAUUAAAAGGAUUCCCCAGGGCCAUUUCACUGGGCUGCUGAUAAUUAUGCCAAACCAAUCUUAUUUGUUUUACAGAUCCAUUAUUAAAAGAUGAAAGUCAUAUUCCAGCAUUAAAUCACUUUCAUAGAAAGGUGUACCAGUCGUG